CAAAUCUUUGUAAGUAACUUCCUACAUAUUCUUGUUCAAAAAAAAAAAACUUCCUACAUAUUCAUUCCACUUUGCGGCCAUACAACACUCCACAUUGCAGUUUCUGAUUCAAACCGCGAAAUGGGAACCAUUUCAAACCUAACUAACACUCUUCCACUCCACAUUCGAAAAUUCAAAUUCCCAUCAUCUUCUUCAUCUUCAUCUCCCUCUUAUCGUUUUCCUCUCUCUACUCUCUCAUGUUCCAUUCCAGAACCCGAACCCAAAACCACAACUUCAACUUCCAAAACCCCUAAUUCCAACUCCAAUGCCACUUCCUAUUUCCCAAAACGCGGCCAAACCCUCGAAUUGCUCUGCGAAUCCCUCGCUUACAAAGGCAAAGGUCUAUGCAAAGUCGCCGAUACCGGUUUUGUUGUCAUGUGCGACCGUGCACUUCCCGGCGAACGCUUCAUCGGACGUAUCACUCGGAAAAAGGGUAAUUAUGCUGAAGCAACUAAGCUUGAAACUUUAACUCCUCCUUUUGACACUGUAGAUGCACCUUGUGUCUAUGUUCCUCAUUGUGGCGGUUGCAAGACGCAGAAUUUGGCUUAUCAAGCUCAGGUUAAAGCUAAAGAGGAACAGGUUCGCGAUUUAGUCAUACAUGUUGGGAAGUUUUCUCAGAAAGAAUUGGAAUUGCUUGGGAUUAUGAAGCCUAUUGUUCCAUGUGAUAUUCAAUUUCAUUAUAGAAACAAGAUGGAAUUCUCAUUUGGUCCAUAUAAAUGGUUGCCUAAAGAGUCAGUGCACGAAAGAAAUGUUGAUGGUGGAAGUGAAAAUUAUGCACUUGGAUUGCAUGUUCCUGGUUUUUUUGAUAAGAUUAUAAAUGUUGACAAAUGCUUACUUCAAACUGAUCCUGCUAAUAAGGUUCUUGCAGCUAUCCAAGAGUGUUGGAGGGAACCACAACUUGGUUUCUCUCCUUACAAUGUUCAUUCACACGUAGGAUUUCUUAAGCAUUUGAUGCUGAGAAGUGGAAGGGAUGUAACAACCGGUCUGCCUGAAAUAAUGGUAAACUUUGUGACAUCUUCCUACAAGCCUGAGCUGCUGAAGGUCCUAGUUGAUAAAGUUUCUGCAUUUCCUGAAGUGGCAAGCAUCAUGAAUAAUGUAAAUACUUCUGUUGGUAACACAUCUGUUGGGGAGGAGGAAUACACUUUGCAUGGGAAAUCUAGCAUUACAGAGACCUUAAGAGGGCUUACCUUCCAAAUAUCAGCAAACUCUUUCUUCCAAACAAAUACUCAUCAGGCAGAAGUGUUGUAUAAACUGAUAGAAGAAUGUGCUGGCAUCAAAGGAGAUGGCUCAGAAAUUGUCCUUGACCUGUUUUGUGGAACAGGCACCAUAGGUCUUACACUUGCCAGAAGUGUAAAGCAUGUUUAUGGCUAUGAAGUAGUUCCUCAAGCCAUUGCAGAUGCCCGACUUAAUGCAAAGUUAAAUGACAUACAAAAUGCAACAUUUGUUCAGGGGGAUCUCAAUAAAAUUGAUGAGAAUUUCGGGAAGAAUUUUCCUAAACCGGACAUUGUUAUUUCAGAUCCCAACCGCCCAGGGAUGCACAUGAAGUUGAUUAAAUUCCUGCUAAAUCUCAGGGCGCCUCGCAUAGUUUAUGUAUCAUGCAAUCCUGCCACAUGUGCACGGGACCUUGAUUAUCUCUGCCAUGGUGUGGAAGAGCUGAAUAUAAAAGGGUGUUACAAGCUAAUAAGCCUACAGCCAGUUGACAUGUUCCCACACACACCUCAUAUUGAGUGUGUUUGCCUUCUGGAGCUUUGUUGAUCUUUUUGAUCCUUUAAACCUUUCCAUUUCAAGGAGAUAACAAGCUUGGUACUUGUUAUAGGUCAAGGUUGGGUCUUCAAGGUGAAAAGUGGGAAAAACAUACUUUCACGCUGCAAGGUUUGACUAAUUUCUUGCCUAACCAAAGCUAUUACAGUGUACGAAGUCAUUUUAAAUGGUAGUAGCAUUGGCAUGCAUGCAUAUGAUGAAUGCAUUGUUGCCCACUUUCUAGAAUUUUUCUCAUGUAAUCUAUUCAUGCAGAGCCUCCAAAGGUUGAAUUAAUUUUUAACCUCCAAAUGUGGAUUACUAUCCCACCUCACGUAACUUGCCUCAUCACGAUUCUUGCAUAAACCUACACUUGUCAGACUCUGGCAUAAUUGAUGAAGGUUGAGGUGCAAGUGCAUGAAAAUCAGAUGUUUGGUCAUAUGAGUAAACAGUGUUCAUUGUGAAUAUAUCAUAAAUAUUCAGUAUGAAAUAUCAUAUUCUGUUCUUCACCUCUCUGUCUUCGUCUUUGUAAUGUUUUCAAGAUUAAUAAGCUUUCGAUUAUUUGGAUCGUCAUAUUAUUAUCAUUAUUCAAAGCCAGCUUUCAAUGAAAUAAAAAGAGUAUUGUCUCAAAAUUAAAGCAGCCACAAAUCUUACAGAUAUAUCCACAAACUUAUAUGCCAAACAAGACCUGUUUGAUUCACCAUUCUCAUCUUAUUAUAUAAUGUAUCUUUUUGUAGACCACUAACUAACGGUACCUUUUUGCAAUUUGUUAUAUCUUUGGAUUGAGUAAUAAAUUGUUAACUGCCUUGAAAUAUUUGAUACGUCUGGUUGGACAUGUCAAAUGAACUUUAGAAUUGAACCUCCAGCUGAUAUAGGUGCAUUUCAGGAUUACUAAAGUAGAUCUUAGUUGAUGGGCUUAUUCAGUAAAUAGCUGAAGCCCAAAUAGAUGGAUCCAUGAUUUGUAGAAUAAUUGGGCCUGGCAAGAUAUUGGCACCCCCACUUUUGCAUCUACCCAUGAUUGUUGAAGUCUGAAAUUGGGAAAUAAGAUGGUUGUUAUACAUCUAACACCAACACCUACAUUGAAUGAAAUGAGAUGGUUGGUACAUUGUUUAAAUUCCAGAUAGAUAUUGAAAAUGAAAGCAGCAUGAUGUCAUGUAUAAAUGGAUGUGUACAUGGAAUAUUGUAGAAGUGUACUUGGGGUAUCAAAACUUAUGUAUUGAUUUUCUGUGUCAGUUUAGAUCCAUUGAAUCUGAGUGGAAGUAAAUAUAGUUAGAUCUUGCAUUAGAUUCCAUUAAUUCAACAGCCGUAGUUCUGGAUUAAAACUUGAAGAAAAUGAUGAAUGAAAUAAUGGUAAUUGAGUUAUUUCUUCAACUAUACAAGGAGGA